AUUCGCUGGUGGAAUUGUGGAAAUCAUUCACAAACAAAAAAUAAUUUAAAAUAUUGAAAUCAGAAUUCAAAAAUAGUCCGUACUUGCUGUGAUUAUAACAAUUUGUUUAACGGCUUACCAUUAAAGUAAUACAAAGUAAUAUUAAAGUCAUCUCGUCACUUACAAGAGUCAACUAGUGAAAUAUAUCAUGGUUAAAAAAAGGAAAAGUGUACUAAGAUCUUCAACACAGGUUGUUGAUUCACCUAUGAAAGAACCAAGAAUUAUAAGAGGUAAUCAUUUAGAAAAGGCUCGCAACAGUUUAAAUGAAGCUCUUGAUGUUAUUGCAAAGAAGGAGCAAAACAAAACCAAUGAUGUGACCGAUAAUGAUGUAUUAAUUGUAGAAGAAAAUGAUACAAAUAAGCGAAUAAAGACAAAUGAAUCCAAACAAGAAGUUAAAGACUCGUUGGUAUUAAAAUUACGAGAUCGCAGCAUUGAUUUAGCUUCUUUUACCAAUAAUUCAGCAAUGUACUCUAUAUGCCGAGCUUGGAUAAAAAAUGACCCAUUAUCAGCAAGACAAGUAAAAAGUAAGAAAUCUGAACAUUUGGAACGUUCGCUUAAAAUUGAUAAUGAAUCAUCUACAAUCGAAGAUUAUGUUUAUAAAUUGCCACCUCCUAAAAGCCGACCUGAAAAUGAGACUGAUGUAAUUUACAGAAUACCUAUAAAUUUACCAAAAGAUGUAGUAACCAAAAUGGAUAUUAAAAAAAAUAUCAAAGAGGUUCCUACUGUUAGUGAAUUACUUAAUGAGCACAGGAAAAGAUGGGUUUGUAUACGACAGCAGUGGAUUAAAUUCAGUAAUGAAAAUGAAUCCCGUUAUGCUAUGUCAAAAAGCAUUUUGAAUUCAAUGUUAAACAAAGAUAAUAAUGUUUAGUACAUUCAAUAUACCAGUCUACAAGAAUAUAAUAUUUUUAUCAAUUUUUAUUUUAAACUAAAUAUUUCAUAAUGUAUUAUACAAUUAUACAACAAAAUUAAUUUUAUUGCAUUAAAGAUUGUAUAUUGGAAA